AUGGAGCCUGCUGCCUGCGGGCAAUGUUUCUGCGGCUGCCUGUGUCAACCUGAUGUCUGUGAGCUGCUGAACAUCGGUCCUUCUGUAGCUCCGGACCAUGUCUUCUCAACUACGGUUCUUCUUGUUUUGUUGGUGUUGGUGACUCUCGGAUUAGGCCUGCAGCUUGGACUCAGAAAACUAGAUGAGCAAGGAAGCUGCAGGAAAAGAUGCUUUGAUUCUUCAUAUAGAGCGCUGGAUGGCUGCCGAUGUGAUAUGGAAUGUAAAGACCGAGGCAACUGCUGCUGGGAUUUUGAAGACACCUGUGUGAAAUCAACUCAAAUAUGGACAUGCAAUAAAUUUCGUUGUGGAGAGACCAGACUAGAAUCCAGCCUUUGUUCUUGUUCAGAUGACUGUUUGCAGAGGAAGGACUGCUGUGUUGACUACAAGAGUGUUUGCCAAGGAGAAACCUCCUGGGUGAAAGCCAACUGUAGCACAGCCCGGAAGUCUCAGUGUCCCGAAGGAUUUGACCUGCCACCAGUUAUUUUGUUUUCCAUGGAUGGAUUUAGAGCUGAAUAUUUACAGACAUGGAGCACUCUAAUGCCCAAUAUUGAUAAAAUGAAAACAUGUGGAAUUCAUUCAAAAUAUCUGCGAUCUGUCUAUCCAACCAAGACCUUUCCAAAUCAUUAUACCAUUGUCACGGGCUUAUAUCCGGAAUCACAUGGCAUCAUUGACAAUAAUAUGUACGAUGUAAACCUCAACAAGAAUUUUUCACUUUCUUCAAAGGAGAAAAAUAAUCCAGCUUGGUGGCAAGGGCAACCAGUCUGGCUGACAGCAAUGUAUCAAGGCUUAAAAGCUGGUACCUACUUUUGGCCAGGAUCGGAUGUGGCUAUAAAUGGUUCUUUUCCUACCAUAUAUGUGCCUUACAAAAGUAGUGUCCCAUAUGAACAGAGGAUCUCUACACUGUUAAAAUGGCUGGACCUGCCCCAAGCUGAAAGACCCAGUUUUUAUACCCUGUAUGUUGAACAGCCUGAUUCUGCAGGACAUGAAAGUGGACCAGUCAGUGCCAAUGUAGUUCAAGCGUUACAGUUAGUAGAUAACGCUUUUGGAAUGUUGAUGGAAGGUCUAAAACAGCGGAACUUAGACAGUUGUGUCAAUAUAAUCCUUUUGGCUGACCAUGGAAUGGAUCAGACUUAUUGUGACAAGGUGGAAUAUAUGACUGAUUACUUUCCCCAAAUAAACUUCUACAUGUAUCAAGGGCAGGGCCCCCGUAUUAGGGCUCGCAAUAUACCUCAUGACUUUUAUAGCUUUAAUUCUGAAGAAAUUGUUAGGAACCUCAGUUGCCAAAAACCUGAUCAGCAUUUCAAACCUUAUUUGACUCCUGAUUUGCCAAAACGACUACACUUUGCCAAAAAUGUCAGAAUUGACAAAGCUCAUCUUUUGAUGGAUCGACAGUGGCUGGCUAUGAGGAGUAAAUCAAGUUCAUCCUGUGGAGGAGGCACCCAUGGUUUUGACAAUAAGUUUAAGGCCAUGGAGGCUCUCUUUUUGGCACAUGGACCCAGUUUUAAAGAGAAGACUGAAGUUGAACCAUUUGACAAUAUUGAAGUCUAUAACCUAAUAUGUGAUCUUCUACACAUUCAACCAGCACCAAACAAUGGUACCCAUGGUAGUUUAAACCAUCUUCUGAAGGUGCCUUUUUAUGAGCCGUCUCAUGCAGAGGAAGUGUCCAAGUUUUCAGUUUGUGGCUUUACUAGUCCAUUGCCCACAGAUACUCUAGAUUGUUCAUGCCCUAUGCUAAAAUAUAAUGCUUCUGAAGAACAGGUGAAUCAAAUGCUAAAUCUCACUCAAGAUGAAAUCACAGCAACAGAGAAACUAAAUUUGCCUUUUGGAAGGCCCAGGGUUAUGCAGGAGAACAAAGAACACUGUCUCCUUUAUCACAGAGAAUAUGUCAGUGGAUUUGGAAAAGCUAUCAGGAUGCCCAUGUGGAGCUCAUACACAGUCCCCAAACCGGGAGACACAUCGCCUCUUCCUCCCACUGUCCCAGACUGUCUGCGGGCUGAUGUCAGGGUUGCUCCUUCUGAGAGCCAAAAAUGUUCCUUCUAUUUAGCACACAAGAAUAUCACCCACGGCUUCCUCUAUCCUCCUGCAAACAAUAGAACUUCUGAUAGUCAAUACGAUGCUUUGAUUACAAGUAAUUUGGUCCCUAUGUAUGAAGCAUUCAAAAAAAUAUGGGAUUACUUCCACAAUGUUCUUCUUGUAAAAUAUGCCAUGGAAAGAAAUGGAGUAAAUGUGGUUAGUGGACCAGUAUUUGAUUAUAAUUACGACGGUCGUUUUGAUGCUCCAAGUGAAAUUACAGAAUAUGUAGUCAACAACAGCGUUCCCAUCCCAACGCACUACUUUGUGAUGCUGACUAGUUGUAAAAAUAAGAACUACACCCCUGACGCCUGCCCUGAGUGGUUGGAUGUCCUAUCCUUCAUCAUCCCUCACCACCCUACCAACAUGGAGAGCUGCCCGGAACAUAAGGCAGAAACUGUAUGGAUUGAAGAAAGGGUGAAAGCACAUGUUGCCCGAGUCCGCGAUGUGGAACUUCUUACUGGGCUUGACUUUUUUCAGGAAAAAGUACAGCCUGUCUCUGAAAUUUUGCAACUUAAGACAUAUUUACCCACAUUUGAAACCAUUAUUUAACUAAAUAUAUUUUAAAAUUUUGGCAAAAUGUAAA